AUGGAACUUGUUCGAAACACCAACUUGUCUGCUCUUCUUGUCUUGCUGUCUUGCUUUUGUUUAGAGUUUGGCUCUGCAACAGACACCAUCACAGCAGCUAAAUUCAUCAACGACUCUGAAACCAUCAUCUCCAAUGGGGGUGACUUCAAACUGGGAUUUUUCAGCCCUCCAAAUUCUACCGAUCGGUAUGUUGGGAUAUGGUAUGCUGAAAUUUCUGUGUUCACUGU